AUGGCAAAGAUCAAGUCACGGAUGAGUACAGCCACCACAAGACCAAUCGAUACUAAAGCCAGAAACUUGAUAGAAAAGACUACUUUGGCAGGUGCCUUACUUCUCUUUUUAGAACUUGUCAUCAUCCUACUGAGUAUGAGACCAAACGAAGCAUACAUAGUUCCCAACACAACCAAUAUAAUCAAGAAUCCAAUUGUAAAAUAUCUAUCAGCAUGUGUCGGUGAAUAA